GGGAGUGCAUAAAAGCGCCUCUCUCCGACCAGCCGGCAUCAGUAGUUCAACUCUCUCUACAAACUAGUGCCAGUUGCAGCUAGACAACAAUCCACUCUCUCGUCGCCCUUUGCUUGCAACCCCCAGUGAUCUGAGUAACCAUUCUGUGAACCGUAACUCAUCUCAAAACUUGGUUCUCGUGUUAGCUUUUCAACGCGGGAAUUGAUUAUCUCAUUUGAAUAGUUCUAUUCACGUUGGUGAUCUGAAAUAGCGAAAAGGCGCGACUUGUAGCGACAAUGCAUUGCAUGAUUGAUCUCACCGUCUACUUUCUAUUCUUCAUAGCGUUGUCUAAGUGUGCUGUGCUUAAAAACAAAGCUGCAACAGAAGAAGACAACAUGGCCAAAUCGCCUGAAAAACUGGACACCAGUGCAGCAGCAGCAGCAGCAGCAGCAUCUGUCAGAGACAAAAGGAUUUUCCUGCUUUUCAAGAAUCAGAACGGAAAGAUUUUCACAACCGAUAUUGAGGAGGAUGCUAUUCUCAAUAAUGGAACAAAUUCAGAAGGCACAAAUCAAGAGGACCAAGAACAGGACGCCGACCCGUGGUCAGUGAUCUGGUACCUGGGCGCAUUCAGCGGCCUCAUCACCUUCUUCCUGGUGGUGACCUGCUCGGAGUGGUGCUGCGGCAACCACCUGUACACCCGGCACUAUGGUGCCAACCAGGUGUAUGCCAGCUCCUUCACGCACCAGGCCUACCGCCCCCCCGACACCCCGCCACCACCCUACCACCUGUUCGCGCCCCCCUCCUACAAGGAGAGUGUUGCGCCCGAGAAGGGAGCAGCAAAGGGCGGAGUGGGGGUCAAGUCGCUGAGACGCCUCGGCGUGUUCGUCAUCCCUGUGCAUCGGGUCAAGACAACCACGCCUUCUGACGCUGCUGCUGCCACCUAGAUGGCUCUCUGUCCAACUGUUGUGCGUUACUUUUCAGAUGACCCUUGUGUGGGUGAAAUUCGAGAUGGCCCUUGUGUGGGUUCAAUUUUGUGACAACCCUUGUGUUUGGGUGCAAUUAUGAGAUUACCCUUACGUGUGGGUUUACUUUUGUAAUUACCUUUGUAUGUGGGUGAAAUUUUGAGAUGACCUUGUGUGGGUUAUCUUCUGAGACAGCCCUUGUAUUUGGGUGUAAUUUUGAGAUGUCCCUUGUAUGUGGAGGGUGUGCUGUUUCAUCUUGAGAAAGGUUCUAGUGCCUGAAAGUGAGUAGGUGCUCUUAUGAUUAUAUAAGAAGUUUCUACAAAUUGUGUAGGAAGUUUUUAGGAGUUUCUAGAAGUUGUAUAAGGAGUAUCUUGAGGUUCACUAGAAGUUUAUCAAUUUCUGUAAGGAAUUUCUCGGAUGUUAAAUGUGAGAAGUUUCUAGAAGUCGCAUAAAAGUCUUAAGGAGUUCUGUGGGAAGUUCUUUUAGUUCCUGUGAGAUAUUGCGAAAGAAGUUUUGAGGAAAGUGCUCAGGUGCCACUUAAGAACUCCUAGAAGUGUGUAAGAAAUCUCUUACUGUACAUCAGAGUGAGAAGAUUGACAGAAAGUGAUUUGAAGAAGCUGUCGAUGGAAAAUUGACUCAAUUUUGAGUGACUACAAUUUGAUAACAUUUUAGUUGGAAAAGCUUGUAUUAAUUGCAUGAAUUAUUGAGUAGUAGUCAUGUUGUGCAGUGGAACUCAUUGGCAGUAUUUUGACAAAAUUGAGAUUUAGAGAAAUUCAGAUUGAUGGAUUCCGAGUAGUCAUCUUGUUCAGUAGAUAUCAGUUGUGUAAAUCUGGGGAAAAUUAAUUCCUGUAUUUGCUGUUCGUGUAGAUUGUAUUUGUGCUGACGUGGUUUUCUUAUUCCUUUCAUGAUCAAUAUCAUAGCUGUUUGAAAAUUAUCAAUUGAUGAUUUGUAUAAUAGUUAUGAAUGAAAUGAGUAGGAUGAUAAACGAAUGUUUUUCAAUUGAAGUCAAAACUGAACAAUGCUCUUAUGGAAUUCACAGAAACUGAAUAAUAUGUAUGAGGAAAAGAUAAAUAAUUGAUUAUGAUUUUGAUAUUGGAACGGCUUUGUAUUGAGAGCAAAUGAAAUGAUCUCAUAAUUAAAACGGUCUAUUGGAAUAGAUUAUAGCUGGGAGGUAAGCCUAGAUUGGGAUUUUGUAUUGAAAUAAUAUUAUUGAUAAAACUGAUAUUUUACUGUACAAGUUGGAAGGAAUGACGAUUGAUUUAAUGUUUCCAGAAGAGGUCGAAAAAUGGGAACAGUUACGAGUAUUCAACAAGUUAUUAACGAUUGUAAUUUUUUGCCUGAACUUGCCAUAAAAACAAAAUGAUAAAAAUCUGCCAUCUCUCGUGAAAACUUAUUCAGAAAAAAUAUAAUAAUGAUAGCUAAAAUAUGUGCCAUUGUAACAAUCGAUAAGAAUGAGCAUACUACGCAGGGCUAAUUUCUUAUUAUAGAAAAGCUAUGAUGAAACAAUUUAGUUGAUAACAUUGCUCUUAUAUUUCUGUUACGCAUUUGAAAAUUGAUAAAGAGCAUUAAUUUUAGCAAUGUUUUGACAAAAAGCCAUCACCAUUACAACUUUUCAUGUGACAUCAAUUCAUUUUUAAUUAUCAAUGAAGAUAAUCAAUAGUGAAAAGAAAAUAGAAUAUUAUUUCCUAUUGAAAGUGCUGGUAGAUAAUUGUUUGUCAUUGGAUGAGAAAUAAUAAUUGAUCCAAGCAAGUAGAAAUAUUUUCCUCAAAGAAAGUUUCAUGUUUACUGAGUUUAUAAUGAACUAAAACUAGAAAUAAGAAGAAUAUAGAUUUUAAAUAAAUCAAAUAAAAAUGUUCAAUUUGAAAUAGCCACAAAAAGUUACUACUGGUUCAAGUAAUUUUGAGAUCAAUCAAUAGACUUUGCAAUUUUAUUUAGAUCUGAUUGAAUGAUUAAGUAACUAAUAAUAAAUUUCCAUAUUUUUCAAAUUCACCCAAUAGAUUAGAAGGUUCAAAUAUCUUUGAAGAUUCAAAACACUCAACUUGACAUGAAAAUUGCAUUUUUUUAUAAAAUUUUAUGAAAUUAUAUACUUGAAUACGUUUUAGCUGAACUACUUGUGUCAAAAAUGUCAAGAUAAAAUAAUCUAAAGCCUGUUCAGUUUUCAAGCAGUCUUAAUUAUAAUUUAUUCAAAUACAUUCAAGAAAAGUAUGUUUGUGAUCUAACAAAUGACACUUUGAAGCCUUGUGCUCAAGAAUAAAAUGUAAUUCCAUUUUUAUAAGAUAGUAAAUUGUUAUUGUACUAUUUGCAGUAAAAUGUUGAUUGCUCGUAUCAUAUUAUUCCAUUUUCAAUUAUUUUCUACAUGAAUUUUACUUCCAAUUGUUUAAUGAAACUGUUCGAAAGACGUGUUAUCUGUAAUGACAGAAUCAAUUAUUUGAUCAAUUAAUGUAGUUUAGUAAUUUAUUUUUCGUAAAUGAACAAUUGUUCAACGAGGACAUUACUUGUCUUCGAUAACUACGCUUUAUUUUAUUGUAAUUGUACGCUUUACAUUGUUAGUUGAUAAGUUACCAAUAACGAUGAAAUUUUAUAUAAGGUUUACUGUAAAUACAUUCUCGAAAUUUGUGAACUGCGAAAUUGUUUGCAAUUGAAUAAAAUUUGCCUGCAUCAGGCAGUUGUUCGUAUUUCAAAAGAA